AUGAUCCAAAGCAACAUUUGUUUCAGCUAUUCAUCCCAACAUCGCCGUUGGGGCACCACGUUGACGGCACACAAACUAUGCCAAAGCCGUGGUCCGGCAAGGAGCUGGGAGCUGCUGCUGACCCCCAUCACAAGGCAUAGGAAAGACGAGCCGGUGCCACGCAGUUCCCGCUCGUCCUCGCCGGCCAGACCUACUUUAAAAGCACACGUUAAGCGCGGGUGCAGCAGGUGCCAGCGCAGCAGAGAUGACACGGGGAAGCACCACACCGCUCCCCGCCUACAAAGCCUGCACGCCACGGACAGCAGCCACCGGCUGGCAGGCACGCACCCGCAGCCCGCAGGGCCGCGCUCGAAGCGCCGCACGGCCCCCUCUGCCAGGGACGCCCGGGUCGAUACGUGUUGCACUGGAACCCGCCAAAGCCGGCAGCCGCCCUCGCCCGGGGCGGGCGGGAAUCGAGGACGCCGGCGCCCGCCGGCUUUGCUGCACCGGGCUGGGCGGCAGCUCCCGCUCGCGCCGGGCACCCGCACGCCCGCCACACUGACCCCCGCCCCGGGUACCGACAUCCCCGCCACGGCGACCCCCGCACAUCCGGGGCAGCGGCGGGGCGGAGCGGGGCCGCGCGGGGCGCGGUGGUGCGCGGGAGAGCGGGCGGGGGCGCCGCCGCCGGCGGCAGCAGCGGUAGCGGCGGAGCGUGGGGCAUGCGGAGCGGGCGCCACCGGGGGGCUGCAGCUGCGGGCUCCGAGGCGCCGAGGGAGGCGGUGGCGGCGGCUCCUCCGCGGGGCUCCGUGUGACCGCGCUGCUGCGCCCGGAGCGCGGCUCCCGGCAGCCGCAGGAAGAGGGGGGCCGAGGCGGCGGCGGUGCAGUACUGCUUCCCCGGCCGCGAAGCGAGGCGGCGAGCGGAGGCGCCGGCUCCCCGCGGCCGUAGCGGCGGCCGCCGGCAGCCCGGCAGCGCAGUGGCGGCCGCGCCUCAACUUGGUGCGAGGCAGCGGCCGCCGCGACGAGCGAGCGGAGCGCGGCUCGUCCCCGCCGCCGCCCGGAGGAUUUACCUUGCGGGACUCUUCUGCUCGGGCGCCCGGUGACCGGGGCGGCAGCGGCGGGGCUGGCGGCGCCCCUCGCCUCGCCCCGACGUCUGCCCGGCAGCGACGGAGAGGAGGGCCGAGGACAGCCUUAAGACCUUUCUGGUGGAAUACCUCUUUUGCUUCCACGUUCAUGUUGGAAUGGCCUAGUCCAGUCCGCUGCUGUAUGGUUCCUGCCACAGGUGCUCUACAGCAAUGUGUCAGGAUUUUGCCACCAGUGCUAGUGGACCAUCCAGAUGGCUGUAAAUCUGCAGAGGAGAUAUAGAACGUGGUCUCUCAAACUGGAUUAAAAAAACCCUGUUGAUAUUUUUAUUUAUA